CCGGGGUCCUCGAGCGCUCGGGCUGCGCGCGGAGCGGGCUCGGGAGGGAAGUCCCGAGACAAAGGGAGCGCAGCCGCCGCCGCCGCCGCCUAGUACGCCUCGCUCGCCGGGCCGGGCCGCCCGAGGGACGUGAACAUGUCGGGGAUCGCCCUCAGCAGACUCGCCCAGGAGAGGAAAGCUUGGAGAAAAGACCACCCGUUUGGUUUCGUGGCCGUCCCAACAAAGAACCCUGAUGGCACGAUGAACCUCAUGAAUUGGGAGUGCGCCAUUCCUGGGAAGAAGGGGACCCCAUGGGAAGGAGGCUUGUUUAAACUACGGAUGCUGUUCAAAGACGAUUACCCAUCCUCACCGCCCAAAUGCAAGUUUGAACCGCCACUGUUCCACCCAAACGUGUACCCCUCGGGCACAGUGUGCCUGUCCAUCCUGGAGGAGGACAAGGACUGGCGGCCAGCCAUCACCAUCAAGCAGAUCUUAUUAGGAAUACAGGAACUUCUAAACGAACCAAAUAUCCAAGACCCAGCUCAAGCAGAGGCCUACACGAUCUACUGCCAAAACAGAGUGGAAUAUGAGAAAAGGGUUCGAGCACAAGCCAAGAAGUUUGCUCCCUCAUAAGCAGCGACCUGUGGCAUCAUAAAAGGAAGGGAUUGGUUUGGCAAGAACUUGUUUACAACAUUUUUGCAAAUCUAACGUUGCUCUACAGUUACUGGUCACCUGGGGAGGGUGGGCGGGCGCCAUUUUCCAUUUCCGCCACUGGUACAGUCUCGACUCGCUGAAUCGCCCAGUUUUUCAUACAGGGUCUCUUCCUUCAGUCUUUUGUAUUUUUGAUUGUUAUGUAAAACUUGCUUUUAUUUUAAUAUUGAUGUCAGUAUUUCAACUGCUGUAAAAUUAUAAACUUUUAUACUUGGAUGAGUCCCGAGGAGCGCGUUCCCUUCGCUCGCGGACGCAGGCAUGCUCCACGCCGCCCAGAGCUGCACUUAGCCUCCCGCUGGCCGCCCGACACCGGAAAGCAGAGCCGCCCGCCCCCAGCGCCCCAGCACCCCAGCACCCCAGCCAGCCAGCCAGCGUCGCGUUUCCACAUCACUUCCUUUGUGUUUAUAUGGCGUUUGUCUGUGUUGCUGUUUAGAGUAAAUAAACUGUUUAUAUAAAGGUGUUCGUUGCAUUAUCAUCAUUAAAAGUGAGGAGGUGGCCUCCGUGUGCCCCCAGCCCGUCCUCUGUUAACAGUGCUGGGCAUUCUCUCCCUGCCACGUCAGGCUCGGGACUGCGGGCGCCGGAGGGUCAGGUCUGGUCAGGCUGGAGCUGGCAUCCAGACGCUUGUCAAGCUUGCAGGCCCAGGCGUCAGGAGCAGGAGACGCUGACCCAGGCCGGGCAGGUGGGAGGACCAUGGUCCAGGCGGCUCCCCCCCAGUGCCAAUGUGUGGCUGAAGGCUGCCGGGCCAGGCGAUGGGGCCCAGACUGCAGUGAGGCCUGCGCGGUGAGCGGAGCCCCACACCCCCGCCCCUGCCCCGCAAGUGCAGCCGCUGCCCCACAGGCCCCUCCCUGCUGCGGAAGCGUCUGCACCUGAGGCCGCUCCUCUGGAGGCUCCGGGAUGCUGUCAGAAGCAUGUCCGCCCGCUCAGGGGUCCCGAAGAUGGAGACGGGACAAGGCAGGCGAGCUUGGGCCCAGGUCCUGGACCCCGGAACCACAGAGGCAGGGACCUGGCUCCCAGGUCCCGCCGAGGCCCGGAUAGGGCUGCCCUCCCACCUUGCGGACCCUCACCCUCACUGGCAGACUGGUGCCUGUGGCUCCACCCACAGGCUGAGGGCAGGUGAUGGAUGCUCCAGGAGCCCGAGGAGGACUGAUCACCUCGACCCGUCCCACCGCCCAGUGACAGGAUCGUGCUGGAAGCUGGGGGCCGUGGCUCCAAGGCCCGCGUGGCACGACCUCUCGCUGGGCUGGACUCGCAUGAGCUGCUGACACCCAUACGUAGGCACAGAGGGCCUUUGGGGGUCCACGGGCUGUGUAUCUGUAACUUCUCACAGAACGUCUUAUUUUGUAAUGACUGAACUAUUCUUCGCAAUAGUUACCUGUGUAUAUGGUUGAUACAUAUGGAAAUUCAAUCUAUUUUCUACUUAAGGCAUUCUAAGGUAAUCUGUUUCUAGCAAAUCGUCGUGACUUUGGCUAAUGAAAUGUACCUUUGUACCACAGUCCUUGGCUUAACAAAGAUGUGAAUCUUGUAACAAGAACUAUGAAAUGUGACCACCCUGUCUCUACUGUAAGGGAAGAGCGUGUGUCCCCAGCAUGAGGCGCCUCAUAAUGUGUAAGGAACUGUGGGCUGUAUCUAAAAU